AUACGCGUGCAAACUUUCCUCGGCUCUCAGGGAGCGGAGAUGAAUUACGAAUUCGAGCGAGAGAGCGGUUUUAUCAAUAGUCAGCCGUCGCUUGCUGAGUGCCUGACAUCUUUCCCCCCUGUCGCUGAUUCAUUUCAAAGUUCAUCAAUCAAGAGCUCGACGCUUUCACGCCCGACACUGAUUCCUCCUCCCUUUGAGCAGACCAUUCCCAGCCUGAACCCGGGCAGCCAUCCGCGGCACGGCCGGCCCAGACACAGCCCCGACGGAUGCAGCCAGCUGCCCACCGCCUCCUUACCCCCGGAGUACCCCUGGAUGCGGGAGAAGAAAGCCUCCAAGAGGAACCACCUGCCAACCUCCACCGCGACCACCAUUUCUAAUGGACCCGUGUGCUUUUCUCCAAAAGGCUCGCCUGAGAUUGUGGAGAGCGGUGGGGGAGGAGGGGGCUCUCGUCGGCUGAGGACAGCGUACACCAACACACAGCUGCUGGAGCUGGAGAAGGAGUUCCACUUCAACAAGUAUCUGUGCCGGCCGAGGAGAGUGGAGAUAGCGGCUCUGCUGGACCUGACCGAGAGGCAGGUCAAAGUCUGGUUCCAAAACCGGCGCAUGAAGCACAAACGGCAGACCCAGAGCAAGGAGAACCACAACGGGGAGGGGAAAGGGCCGGGCGCCGAGGACGGCAUCCACAGCGACGAGGAGGACGAGGCCCCCCUGUACGAGCGGAGCGGGGCCCUGCUGGAGAGAGAUACCUGCUCCUUUCAGAACAACUCUCUUAGCUCCGCACAGCAGCUCCACAAUGGAGAGUCCAUGAGCUUUGCUGCUGCGCCGCUGAACAGCAAUGACAAAAAUCUGAAACAUUUUCCCAACCCGUCACCCACUGUUCCGGGCUGCAUGUCAACAAUGGGCCCCGGCUCGGCAUCUGGCCCGGACAAUGGCGACAGUCCCCCGGCCCUGGAUGUUUCUAUACACGACUUUCAGCCUUUCUCCUCGGAUUCCUGCCUACAGCUCUCCGAUGCGGCCUCGCCGAGCUUGUCAGAGUCUCUGGACAGCCCCGUGGACAUUUCUACGGACAGUUUUUAUUUUUUCUCGGAGUCUCUGACUACAAUCGACCUGCAGCAUCUGAACUAUUAACUCGAAUCAAUCACAGUAACUUUUUUUUCUUUCUUUCUUUUUUUUCUCGGGACAAUAAAUAUCAGGCUACCAUGGUAUUAACUCUAAUGUUAUUUGUAUAUUCGGCACAUUUAUUCUGUUGAUAUUUGACUUGACGAUUAAUUCAAGGUAAGGAUGAAAUGAAAUCACUGAAGUAGCUCUACUCAACCGUGGCUUGUAAUUACCAUAACAAAAUGAUCUCUUGGAAUGGAAAUUAUGAGUGUAUGUGAAUAAUUAUACAAUAUUAGGCCUAUGGAACCUGGUCAUUUUUAUUUUUGUAUAGCUUCCAACGUCUUGGAUAUUUUUGUUA